AUGAAGGCUCCCCUUGCGGCUUUAUCUAUUGCAGGAUCAAUGGAGAGUGGCACCAUCACGUCAAGAACAACCUCACAAGCUUGCGCUGCUUGCAGAUACCAACGCAGGAAGUGCGGACCCAACUGCAUUCUCGCACCUUUUUUUCCUCAUCAUCGCCACAAACAAUUCCGCCAUGCCCAUAGGCUCUUCGGAGUUGGCAAAAUCACCAACAUGAUUAAACCUCUCGAGCCUCAUAACAGAAACAUGGCCAUUGCCACCAUUCUCUUCGAGUCCGAUAUGAGAGCCAAGGACCCUGUUGGUGGCUGCUCAAGGAUCCUUCAACGCUUGAACUCUCAGAUCGCAUCUGCUCAAGCCGAACUUCAACUUGUACUUCAACACCUUGCCUUAUUCCGAGCACAAGCUCAUCAUAAUUCCAAUGCCCCAAUCCCUCCAUCACCAUCACCAUCACCCUCAUUCUUGCCUACCUCGUCCCCUUACCCUGGACAAAUACGACUUCAAGAACAACAACACCAUCACGCUUAUAACUUGCAUGAAGAUAUGAACAUGAUGGACCCACACAACCCCAUUGCAUAA